CUGAACCGGACCGAACCAUCAGACACACGGCCAUAGAGACCCAUUCUGUCCGAACAAACUUUUUUUUCUAUUAAAGUUUCGAAGUUUUGAAGAAUUACAAGAGAAGAAUCGUACAAUUCAUAUUUCCCUUCACUUUCGGCGGUUGGUAAACACGCUUACGCACGCACAUUCAAGAAGCACCCAAGAGACAGAGAGAUCACGAUCGUCUCUUCUGCUGGUGAAGAGACCGAGAAAGAGAGAGAGAGAUUACGAUGCCGGAAUUAUCGCCGGCUAAACUUGACAGGGCUUCUUCUUCUUCUUCUUCUUCUUCAAGUUCCGACCGUGCUUCGGUGAAAAUCGAGGAGAUUGAAGGCGGUGGUGGUAGUGCCGUCGUUAAUGGCUCUGAAGAAGUAGAGAGCAAACCGGAUCCUCCUGUUGCCUCCAUUGCCGACAACGCUGUGUCUGAAUCUUCAGGUGGUGGCAAUAAAAGCUUUUCACGAGUAUGGUCAAUGCCAGUGGAGAGCUCUUCGAGUAGCGAUAUGGCUGAAUCAUCAUCAUCAUCAUUAUCAUCACCAUCAUCAUCGAAGCCUAAGUUAGUUAAGUCAAUGUCUGAGAGGCAGCAGAAAGCUACUCACAUUCUUGCCGAGGACGCCGCCAAGAUUUUCGAUGACACAAUCUCUGCAGGGAAGAAGCUAAAAUUGUUGAACCGUAUAGCUACUGUGAAACAUGAUGGGACAGUUGAGUUUGAAGUUCCAGCAGAUGCUAUCCCACAACCUAUUCCUGUAGACCGUGAAGAAGAAUCAUCCAGAAACGGUGUUUGCCCUGAUGAGUCCAUUGAUCGGGUGGAUCUUCAGUACAUCCCUCAUAUGCAGAUUGUGAUGCUAAUCGUUGGAACACGCGGGGACGUUCAGCCUUUUGUUGCAAUAGCCAAACGCCUCCAGGAGUAUGGGCAUAGAGUCAGGCUUGCAACUCAUGCAAAUUUUAAAGAGUUUGUUUUGACUGCUGGACUAGAGUUUUAUCCUUUAGGUGGAGAUCCAAAAGUGCUAGCCGAAUAUAUGGUUAAGAACAAAGGUUUUUUGCCAUCAGGCCCUUCAGAGAUUCAAAUCCAACGAAAACAAAUGAAGGACAUCAUAAAUUCUCUACUUCCAGCAUGUAAAGAGCCUGAUCCAGAUUCUGGGAACUCCUUUAAAGCUGAUGCCAUUAUAGCCAACCCUCCAGCAUAUGGACAUACUCAUGUGGCAGAGGCACUGAGGAUACCGAUUCACGUAUUCUUCACCAUGCCAUGGACGCCAACUAGUGAGUUUCCACACCCUUUGUCACGUGUCAAACAACCAGCAGGAUACAGACUUUCUUAUCAUAUCGUUGAUUCAUUGAUCUGGCUUGGAAUAAGGGACAUGAUAAAGGACCUAAGGAAAAAGAAACUGAAGCUGCGUCCUGUUUCAUAUCUAAGUGGAACACAAGGCUCUGGCUCUAAUAUUCCACAUGGAUAUAUGUGGAGUCCUAAUCUAGUCCCAAAGCCUAAAGAUUGGGGCCCACAAAUCGAUGUAGUGGGGUUUUGCUUCCUUGAUCUUGCAUCAAAUUAUGAACCUCCUGCUGAGCUUGUGGAGUGGUUAGAAGCUGGUGACAAACCUAUAUAUAUCGGCUUUGGUAGUCUUCCUGUACAAGAACCAGAGAAAAUGACUGAGAUCAUUGUGGAAGCACUUGAAAGAACUAAACAGAGAGGAAUCAUCAACAAAGGAUGGGGUGGCCUUGGAAACUUGAAAGAACCCAAGGACUUCGUCUACUUGUUGGAUAAUGUCCCACAUGACUGGUUAUUCCCAAGAUGCAAGGCAGUGGUUCAUCAUGGUGGUGCUGGAACAACGGCUGCAGGUCUUAAAGCAGCGUGCCCAACAACUAUUGUGCCUUUCUUUGGAGACCAACCUUUUUGGGGAGAACGAGUGCACGCUAGAGGAGUAGGUCCUGCACCAAUCCCAGUGGACGAGUUCUCACUACAUAAGCUUGAAGAUGCUAUCAAUUUUAUGCUAGACGAUAAGGUGAAGAGCAGUGCAGAGACGUUAGCAAAUGCGAUGAAGGAUGAGGAUGGUGUGGCUGGAGCUGUGAAGGCCUUCUUCAAACAUCUUCCGAGUACGCAACCGAUUUCUCCUGAUCAGAUCUCUGAACCAUCAGGAUUGUUCUCUUUCAGAAGAUGGUUUGCAUGUUCGUAACUUUCUUGCCCCUCAAGAAUCUCCUCUCUUCUCUUGUGCAUUGUUACCUCUUGUAUGUCUGUUUUUCUCUUCUUGUUCGUUGGUUUUGGUUUUGCAACAACUCACUUAGGCAAAGUGUAUUGCUUGUUUAAGUACUUGGGAGUUUAAUGUUUAGGUGAUGCAUAUAGUUUUUGGCUUGUCAUGAACAACAAGAAAAUGAAAACAAAGUUCUUUAUGAUU